UGCUUCGUCCUCAGCACUGACAGCACAGUUGUACCGCCUUUCAUGCUAGUGAGUGCUGCUAAUUUUCACACAGAGAUGAGUGAAACAGUAGAUAGGGACACACAGCAUGAGAAUACAGAGGACAGUGUUGCAGGCCCGAACCCAGAACUGGAGAGCUUUCCUGUUCCCAUUGAUGGAGCUGACAUGACAGAGAAGGACCAUGAUACAAGGGAGCAUGACAGAGACAAUUCUGUAGAAGAAAUACCACAACAGCCUGUGGUUGACUCAGCACUGAUAGAGUCAAUGACUCAAGGGUUCCUCGCAAAAUUUAUGCCUGAUCUUCAGGACUCUAAAGCCAUGCUGGAUGAGCUCAUGAGAAAUCAAAGAGUUCUACUAGACACAGUUCAACAAGAAAACUCAAAGUUUGAUGAGUGUCAGUCCUUCAGAGAUUUAGAAGAAACUAUGAAACAAGCCAGGCUUUACCAUGGAAAGUUGUUAUCAAUAAAGAAAGAAAUGAACAGUUUACACGAAAAAUCAGCACGUCUUAAGAAAAGAUCCGUUAAACUUCAGCAACAGAAACAGAAAAUGGAACUACAGCGUGCCCACCAGCGAGAUAAAUUGGCUGAGCGUGAGAGGAUGUUAGUAGCUAAACCUGCCCCCCAGAAACAAGUCACACCUGCCAACACUGACAGUCCAACCACGGCGGAGCCUAGCUAAACCUCUGUGACAGAAAUUACUCAAAAAUGGGGAAAUUUUGGAAACAAAAUUGGUAACUGCUUUUAACUGCAGCAUGCAAGGCCCACUCUCACAAAAUUGUGUACAUCAUUUUGUCAAACACUUUUCGUGAAAAUUUAGUCAUGUGGAUGAAGUCGUUUAAAAAAGGUACAGAAAUUCAGACAUGCACAGUGAAAGUGGCCUCGACUCAAAAGUCACCGUCUGUGUGUAAAUCUGUUGAUGGGACAAAUAUUGGAAACUGGAUUUGGGAUAUUGGGUACUAAACUGUGAGAAACGUUAAACAACAGUGGUGCAUUUUUUGCGGACAAAAUUAUUAACAAUUUUAAGAUGGCUGCACUUUCACACAAUUUUCUACGUCUCUUUUUUAUAACUCUCCUUUUGAAUUUUGUCACGUUAAGGUGCUACAGAUUGGAUUAUGUCAUUUAUGAAGAAAGUUACAUAGAUUCUGGCACAUGGGGUAAAUGUGGCCCCAGCUUUAACAUCACUCUGUCUGUCUCUUAGUGUGUUUGUGGGUUGAUCGAUCAAUCAGUGUAUUUGUUGACAUCCUUACUCUUAACACAGACCAUUCAUUGGAGGGAUAUGAUGAUUUUAUGAUGAUUUUUGCUAACUUGACAACAGAGCAUAUGUUAUCCUGUGGUCCUUCAUCUGCCAUUUGGACUGAACUUAUAGUUAUUCACAUUUGCCAUGGUUAUCCCCUCUUGCUUCGGUUAAUCAUGUGAUUUUUUUUGUUUUUUUUUUUGCACAAAUUAUUUCACUGUAAUUGCUAUAAAUAAACUGUGACAGUAUGUGUAUAUAGAAGAACAUACAUUUGUGACGAUCAGUGUUGUAACAGUUGUCUCCCUUGUGUCCUGAUCAGCGAUCACUGUGUUAAACCGCUGAUACGUGGUUACAGCCAACAGUACCAGAGAUUUUUGGAGAAAGAAAAAUCUAUAUGCGGUAAUCGUACAACAUUUUCUGUAUUUACCAAGAUUAUGCUAAAUUAUUGCUUUUCAGUAAAUACAACUAAUACAUGUAUUAUUUAUAGCGUUAAAAUGUUUCUAAAGUGUGAAAAAGUUAUAAUGCGGCCAGCUUUACACAUUUUAAGAUCGUAAUUUAAUCACCCAUUUAGAACGGUAGCACUUGCAGAGAAGCUGCUGAUACUUUGUGAAUGGUAAUUAUUUGGGCUAAAAGCAAAAAUUUAAUUGGACUUGAGCACAACGAUUUUUGCCCCAAAUUGCCCAGGCUUGCUGCAACUUUUGGCAAAUGAGGUCUCGUGUUUCGAUCCAGCUUCCGCUGUCUUUGGCUGCAGCGUGAUAUCAAGAGAUUUGCCGCCGUCUUAUACCCGUGGGUGAAAUUUCUUCAGUACGGCGUAAAGCAAAUAAAUAAAUACGUUGGUGAGCUA